AACCCUGAAGCUGUUGUGGGGGGAAAGAUUCGCUCCUGUUUUUAAGUUAAAGCGUUUGAUGUGGUGAAGGGGACCCACAAACGUUUCGAGGCCCAGUGUGUCUUGAGGGUUGCCUGGGUGAGGCAGGCUGAGUGUCAGGUUGUGUCAGGAGCUGCGUGUUGGAGUGGAGCAGGUGGGUUUGGUGUUUGUGACCCAUGUCCUGGGACAAACUGUGACUGAUUCCUCAUUUUUUUCUUACUACAGAGCCCGAAAGCAAACAAAGAGGCUGGAAGUGAUAAAGUGAGCACAACGAUGGAGGUGAAAGUGUCAGAGGAGUGUGUGCAGGGAAGCAGCCCUUCCUUCUGUCCAAGCUGCUGCUCUUCUCCAGCAUCAGCAACAGCACUGGGUUUGCAAAGCCUUGACUUGUCCUACGCAUCUGAGCCCUGAAAGAACUUUGAGGAGAUCCUCAAGGUCUCUGGUCCUUCCUUGACUGGUGUUGAGGCUGUGUGGCAGCAGGGAGGAGCAGCUGAGCCUGGCAGAGCUGCCUGCAGCUCCAGACAACGCGCUCAUGGUGCCCAGAAGCGGGCUCCAGCACGCAACCAGCACCUCCUAUGGCUACAAGCUGCAGUGCCUCAGGAUCCAGGUGAGGCAGAUUGCCAGGGAGAGGGACAAGGCGAAGCUGGCCUCGGAGAAAGCAGAGAGACGCUGCCUGCAGCUUGGCAGAGACUUGGAUGAGCAGUAUGUUGCUCUCGAGCACACCCAGAGCAACCUCAGGGAUUGUCAGGCAGAAGUAGAGGAAAAAGGGCUGCUUUUGCAGCAAGCAAUCAGUCACCAAGCGAAGCUGGAGGCUGAGACACGAUUCCUGCAGGGCAAAGAGACCAGUCUACAAGGGAGACUCACCCACAUGAUGAAGGAGAACACACGGUUGCAAAACAAGGUCAUGGAGAUGGCUGAGAAACUGGCAGCCUCUGAGAAGCUGGUGGUGGAGCUGCAGGAGGAACUCAGCUGCGUUGUGAAAGACAAGCUGAGCCAGCUGGAGCCCCACAGCCCAGAGCUCCUGGAGCAGAGCGAGCACUUUGCAGAGAUUGUCCUGGAGUACGAGCGGCAGUGCCAGGUGCUGUGGGAGCAGAACGGAGUGCUGCAAGGGGAGCUGGAGAGGCUGCGACUCCAACUACAGGAGAGCAGGGCUGAGAGAAGGCUGCAAGCAGGAGGCCUGUCCUCUCAGGGCUCCUUGCUACCAGUGUGCAGCUCUGCCAGCCCUCUGCUUCCCACUUCUGCCUGCACAGAGACAUCACUCUCAAUGGAGCAGCUCCAAGAGCAGCUGAGGGACUUGAAGAUGCAGCUGGAAACCAAGAUGAACUAUUACGAGGAAGAAAUUGAGUUAAUGAGGAAAAACUUUGAGAGAGAGAGGAAGGACAGUGAGGAAAGCUUCAAGGCUGAGAUGCACAGGAUGGAAGACCAGAAAAAAGACCUGGAAGAAACAGUUGCAAAGUACUGGGCUGUAAUUGCCAGCCUCAAAGAGCAAAAAUGUAUGUGGAGUGUGGGGCUGGAGGAGGAGUUUGACAUGGAGCAGGCCAAAGUGGGACAACAGCACACCAAAGACAUUUACCAUCCAGGGAAGCAGCUGGACCAGGAGGGAGAAGAGCUGAGCACUCAGCACAGUGACCAAGAGAACCUGAGGAAACACAUCAGCAAGGUGGGCAGAGAGAAAGUGGAAGAGCUGGCUGAAGCAGCAGAGUUAACAGUGCUGAGUGAGAAGAGCAAGGAGGGUGUCAAGAUGAAGGUCAAGAUGUGUCAGCUGGGCUGUGAGCUUGCUGAGCACAAGGCUGGCCACAGUGCUGGCCCUGGCACCGUCCCGCUGCAGAGACAGAGGCUGGUGAAGGCUGAGUGGCCACAAGGAGCAGAGGCGGCCACGAGGCUGGAGCAUCAGCAGCAGCAUGCAACGUGUUGCAGGGAGACAGAGCUGCUCCAACAGCAGCUCAGGGCCUCACAGGAGAAGCUUUUAGAAGCCAAAGCAAGCCUGAGCCUGGCCCAGACUCGGCAUGCUCUGCAACUGCAGCAGGCCAAGGCCUGGAUGAACAACAUGGUACCAAAGAAACAGUUUGAGCAGCUGCAAGCCAGCUUGAGAGAAGAACAAUGCAAGGCUCAGCAGCUCCAGGAAAAACUCCACCAGCAGUCUGAGCAGACGUGCAGGCAGCUGGUCAGGACCCAGGAACAACACCAGUGCCUGCUGCAGGCAGCCGUGGAGCAGGCAGAGGGGCUGGAACAUGACCUGAGGAGUACAGAAGCUGUGCUGGCAGAGAGAGCAGCUCAGCUUGAAGAUGCCCAGGCUCAACUCUCCAGGAACAAACUGCUGAUCGAAGACCUCCGUGAGGAGAACAGGGGGUUUGCAGUGGCCCUGCGGGCAGCUGAGCUGAAGCAGAAGAGCACUGAGGAAAAGAACCAGCUGUUGGAGGAGCAAGCCUCAGCUCUGAAGCAGCUCAUUGGAAAAAUCACACCAGCAUCUCUCAGUGGGUGAUGAUGGGGCACCCCUCGGGGCAGCCAGCCCUGGCCUAGGUCUGGCAGCUCCUCUUGGGCUCUAGGACACUCUGGCCCUCCUGAAGCCUGAGCCUAGGAUCCAAACCACUGUGCUGCUGGAUUGUUCCCUCUGCAGUGAGCAGGACAGAGAGGCUGAGGGAAGAGCUGCCACCUUUGUGACUGAGCCUCCAAGCUUAGGGCAGGGCUGGUGACCCCUACUCAGCACUGCACUUCAAAGGAGACCAGGGGACAAGGCUUAUGACAGGAUGUGCUCCAGGACUCCUUGUCUGAUUAACUGCUCACACUUCCAGCGGGGUAAAAAGUGCUGCAGAGAAACACAGAGAAACAUUCCUUGAAACCCAGGCAGCCUGGAAUUGUUGCUGCACCCAGCUAGCUCUUGUGCUGGCUGCCCCUGGAACCAGAUGGGGCAGGGCUGAUCUGCAGUCCUGGGCCACACAGGCAGCUCGCAGCGUAUGCAAGGAACCCCGUGUGCAGGAGCUGUGACGUGCUGCAAAGCUGGGAUGAGCACUAGGGUUGUAUGGGAGCCAAAGGGAAGGAAGAGAAUGGACCACACACUCUGUACCUGGCUGUUCUUCUUCAACAGGAUGGUGGUCCCAUCAUCGAUCUCAAAUUCUCCGUAGUCUCUCAAGCAGCGCACCUGCAAAGUGGAAACACAGCUCUGCAGUCAUCUGAUCUCCCAGGGAAAACACAGGCAGCAUGGCUGACUUACAGCACCUGCCCCUCACCUGUAAGAACAUGUUCCCACCUGCCUCAGUAUAGAGCAGGCCUGGAACUCAGGACUGGACUGACCCCACGGUCUGUGGGCUCGACCUGACCUCUUCUGCCUCUGCCUGGAGAGAGCAGCCCAGCCCAGCCCUCCACAGAAACAAAAGGAAGAGCAGCACAAGAGACAAGGUCUGGGGAACAGCAGCAGCAUUGCCAGGAGAACCUCUCCCUGCCCCAUACCAGAAAAUGCCAGGCUGUUAACAGUGAAAGUAUCUUAAGGAGCAGGUUGUCACUACGUGUUCUUUUGAAGAGACCAUCAGAACAGAGCAUCUCAACUCCUGACUUGAUUUCUCACGUGUUCUCGUUUUGUUGGAUCAAUUGUGUAAAACCCUUUCUAGUCUCAUCUAUCAGAGUCCAUUUAACAUAAUAAAGACAACGAGUUAACAACCCUUAA